AUGUUCGCUUGUGUUAGCUCUCAGAGUCAUUUUGAAUUAAAUGAAAACAGAGUCUUGCUCUCUCGAGACAUCUGGGACUACGCACUCUGGAUGGACCACGGUUCACACUUGUUCACGCUACUCAUUUCAAAGCUUGUGACUCCGACUUUGAUUUUCAGUUACCUGUGGAUGCACACCAAGCAACCAAUCGGGGCAGUGAUCAGCAUGUUGGGACAGUUUGCAGUACUACCUGCCAUUGGUUUCUGCCUCAGUCUAUUAUUCAAGUUGCAGCUGUAUGAGGCACUGGGAGUCCUUAUUAUUUCCUGUUGCCCUGGUGGAUCCUUUUCUAAUUUCUUUACCUUUUGGGUUGAUGGCGAUCUGGCACUCAGCAUUAUGAUGACAGUGUGCUCGUCUGUGCUCGCCUUUGGAGGGAUGCCCUUCAACCUUUGGCUGUAUGGCAGUUACUGGCAGGGAGACAACUCAUUUAGAGACAACUCGUUUGUAAUUCCCUUCACAAACAUCAUGACAUCUCUCGCCAUCAUUACUACACUAGUCAUUGUGGGCAUGACAGUGAGGUACUUCUGCAAGCGGGCAGCAGAAAUCAUCACUCGAGUAUCGGGUUUGAUUGGAUGGGUUGGUGUGAUCGCUGGCUUCAUCAUCUGGCUCAUCUUAUACUGGAAAAUCUUUAUGAUGGCUCCCCCACUGCUCUAUGUAACUGCCAUGCUUCUUCCAUCCACUGGCUUCAUAUUUGCUUUCCUCUUGGCCAAGUUAACCUGUCAGAACAACAAGAUUGCACGCACUAUUGACAUAGAGACCAGCAGCCAAAAUAUGUCUGUUGCAAUUAGCAUCAUCCUUCUCAGCUUUACAAACAUAGAGAUAUACAAGAGGUUCUGCAAGAAACAAAAAAUACCUACCAGUACAUUCAAACCAACUGGAACCUAUCUCUGCUGAGCAAGAGACCUUCGUCAUCUAAUGUAUUAUUUUCUCCAUUAACAUGAGGAAGCACUCCCUUUUAAAUGAAUUAAUGAAGAUAAGAUUUCACUUCCUCUCAGUCCUGUAUAUGUAUGUAUGUAUGUAUUAUCCAAGAACAGCAAAAAUUCUGAAUGAAAGCACCAUGAAAUGUUUUUUGGGUCCUCUUGUGCAUUCUAUUUGUACUCUAGUCCUAACAAAUCUGAUGUUGCGAUGUGGGUUUGUAAUUCACCAUCUCCAUAAAUUAGAUAUAUAUUUAUUUAUGUCACCCAAUUUAUAUCAAGAGGCUCUAACUGUUAUAUGAUUAUGUAUCAUAUUAAGUUUCUUUAGUCACCGUACCUUUCCUUAAUUUUCUUUUACAGUCGUCACAGCUAUUUGAUUCCAAUGUUAUUUGUCAUUUUUCCCUAUAUAAUUUUUGGUACAUAUGUACAGUGAAGCCUCGGACUUGGAACACAUCAGACUUUGAACAAUUUGAACAUGGAGAAAAAAUGUUAAUAAUUUUUACCCUUGGAGAUGGAAAAAAUUUUGGACUUGGAACAACCCAAAGGCAGCCAAAUUCACCAAAUCCAGAUGAUGCUAGCACUGUUGGCAGGAGGUAAAUAUCAGUUCCCACUUUGUUUUUAUUCUGUUUUGUUGCCUUGUUCCUAUUCCCAGCUGGGAUCAGGACAUUUGACCAGGUUUUCAUUUGACCAGAGUCACUUAACCAGGUAGGAUGGUUAAGUAACAUUUCAUAUAAGUACACUGGUCUCGUAACUAACAAAAAUAUUUCUUAACUAUUGUAGUGACUAGGUGUAACGGACGUUAAACAAAGAAUCCACAUAAGGCUAACUGACUAUGCUAAUGGUAGUGCUGCCACCUCCCAGUAUAUUCUUGAUACCUAGUUAAGUGACACUUGCCAUGAAGCUUUCCACCAAAAGAUAAAUAAUAUUGAUGUUACAUAGUUCAGUUCUUAUUUAUAUAAGUAAAAAUUUGGGCUCUUGGAAUGGAUUAGAAUUAUUUACUGUUUCCUAUGGGGAAAACCAUUUCAGACUUAGAACAAUUCGGACAUGGAACAGCCCAGCUUCUGGAACAAAUUAUGUACAGUAAGUUCAAUGUCUAAGGGUCCACUGUAUGUAUAUUUGUUACAUAAAUUUUCUAGGUAAUGUAUUUGUUUUCUGGUAUUGUAAGCAACUUUACUAAAAUGCAUUGUUUGAUUAUGAAAGAGAAUGCUUUAUGGAAGUGAAAGGUGGGCUGUAGAGGUCUGUGCCAACAUAGAAAGUAUUAAGUAUUAACCCCUUCAAUACUGGGACACAUUUUCACCUUUAGAUUUGUGUAUGAUUAGACCAUUUUAUUGACAUUAGGAAGGGCCCAUGGAGGUCAGAAUAUUAAUGACCACAGUCUUCACUGUUUUAGUCCCCCACAUAAGUUUCUGAAGUUGUAUAAAAUCACCAAAUAGUAAGCAGAAUGAAUAUGGAAAUGCAUCAUGAUACUCAAGGGGUUAAGCUUCAGGUGAGGUUCCAGCCUGUUAGCCAGGAAUGUGCUUCCUUUAUUGGACUUGGUGUACAAGGCUGCCCAUCUCACCUGGUUUCUGUAUGACUGAAAGUGUUUGUAACUUUUAUUGUACAUAUUUAUUUCUUAUUUCUAUCACCUUCAUAUGAGUUAUACUUUAAAGUAUGUGAUCAACAAUUCUUUCUAUUUUGACUUUGUAUUAAUUACCGGUUGUUAAGCUGGUUGAUGAUUUCAUUAUGACUGUUUACUUAUUAGACCAUUCUUUCAAGGGAUGGUGUGUUUAUAUAAAUGGUCUGUCAUAGGGUUAUGUAAAGGAGGCAACGGCUGGUGUCAACUUAGUUAGGAUUAAAAUUAUAUCAACUAUCAAAUUAUGGAUGAGAUACUGGAGUUAUACAUCUCUUGCAGGACUAGUUCUAGUAUUCUUCAGUAAAGCUGGCAUCAGAAAUGUUGUGAGUGUUAUUUGUGGUCAUUUGUAUUUGUUUACCUGUGUGGUCUACUGUUAUCUGUGAUGUUGUGAACUGCACAGUUGUAUUAUUGUCUUGGAUUAUGCAGACAGUUUUGAGCAUACAGGUUGGAACAAAUUCAAUAAAGCAAUUACUACAUAGUCUUUUGCUCUUCUGUUCUGUGGAUUGAUUGCCUUGGACACUACACUAACACCUUUCAGGGAUUUUCAUCACUAAUUACAUCAUGUCCUCUAUUGAUCAUGGUGUAUAUUCCAUGGAAUACUUUCAUAUAAAAAUUCUGAAUAAAUUGUGUAGAUGUCAAAGGAUGGCUCAGUCAUAAUUUUUUUUUUAAUACAGGAGCCACUUGCCAAGGGCAACCAAAAUUUUUGAGAGAAAAAGUAAUUCAAGUUAGAAAAAUCAAAUAAGAGGAUAACAGUCUUGACUCUAGAAAUCUCCCUCUUGAGAAGAGUUCAGUUCAAAAGAUGGAGGAAAUACAGUAGUAGGCAGUUUCAGCUUACCAGAAAAAGGGACAUUAGAAAAUACUGCUUUACUGCUUCAUUUGAGAGAUGGAGAAAAUAAAGCUGAGAGAAAGAAGAAAGUCUUGUGCAGCGAGACUGCAGAAAAGGAGGCAUGUAGUUAGAUAAGGAGAGUAGUUAGCAUGAAAACAGUAGAUGACAAGAGAGCAACUUUGCAGCAGAGAUGAGGACUGUCACUUAGAGGAACUGAUCAGACAGUAUUUUUCAUUUCUUGUCUAAAGUGUGAUGUGAAUAGAAUCUUCCCAUAUAUGUUAAACAUAUUUCACCCAUGGGCAAAGUUAGCAGCUGAGAGAUGAGAAAAAUAGUGAUGACUCAGAAUUCCUAGUUGUUUUAUCUCCAGUUGAGAUGUAGUUUCCAGUUUAGGUUAAAUUAAGACAGACCAAAGAUGUUCAGUUAAGCAAUAGAGUGUCAUUGAAAAAGAGGAAAGUUAUCUGGAAGGAUAUGCUGAGUUGAUUGACAACUGAUUUUUUGAGAUAUUAAAUAAAACCAAUAUUGCUGUCCCAAUCAAAAAUUCUUAAGAGAUCAUUAAUACAUUUUGUGGCUUUCCUAUAUGAGAUGUUUAAUUCCUGAAGUGUUAAACAUCUAUGAGAAGAUGUGGAAAAUUAGAGUGGUGUCAUUAGCAUACAAAUGGAGAGGUUUGGUUUAGAAAACCACUUACAAAUAAUAUGAAGAGUAUUUGACAGGACAGAACACUGAAACACCACUGGUAACAGGCUUAGAACAAGUGACUAUCUAUUACAGCAGAAAGAAAAUUUGAGAUGCAAUUAGAUAUAAUCUGCAGGAAGAUGGUUUGGAAAUCAAAAGCUGUGUACUAACUUCAUUAAAAGCUUUUGAUAUGUCUAAGGUAACAAAAUUUCACCAAAAUCCCUAAAAAAAAGGGUGACUAAGACACAGUAAGGAAAGCCAGAUCACCAGUAGUGUGACCUCAACAGAGCCCAUACUGGUAAUCAAACAUAAGGUUGCAAAGUAAUAGAUAUUUAAGAAUCUUUUUAUUGAGACCUUAAGACUUUAGAGGGAAAAAAUCAAUGCAAUAGGACAGUAAUUUGUGGGAUUAGAACUUAUUACUGUUUUAUAAAAACAAAAAUGUAGGCAAACUUCCAGCACAAAGGAGAGGUAGAGAUUACUAGACAAUUGGAAGAGUUUGAUUAGGUAAGGUACAAGCACAAAGGCUCAGCAUCAGAAAACAAUAGAUAGGAGGGCUUCUAUCAGGGUCAUAAGCCUUUCAGGGAUUAAGACCAGCAAGGGUAUAGAAAACAUCACUGUAAAAAAUGUUAUGGUUGCACAAAGUAAUUUGAGAGGUAAAGAAAAGAAACAAACCCCAAGUCAGUUUUAGCAAGUCUGAGCAGACUUUAGCUUUCAAGACAAGAUGGCAAUGGUGCCAUCAAAUUGAAAUAAGGAUGAAAAAGUAGUUAUGAGAUACAUAUUCUUGGCUAGGUGCCAUAAGUCACCUCCACUGUUGUGUUAAUAGGACUGUAAAGUUAGAAAAAUGUUAAGAAUGUUUGGUGAACCUCUAGACAUUCUAGGAUACAAAUAGGGUGAUUGUUGCAUUAAUUGCUCUAGAUCAUGAAAGAUAGAAAAGUUAAAGGUUUUCACCAGAUUGGUCAAUGGAGAAGAGAUUCAAAACUGGUGAAUAUUGAAGUCCCCAAGAAUGGGAAUUUCUUCAAUAGGGGAGUUAGGAUCUAUUUAACUUUGUAACUUUAAUAAUUAAGCAAAAAAAAUUUAAUAGUUGGAGUUUGUAGCCAGACAUUAGAAAACUUGCAAGAUUUAAGAACAAGGCCAUAAAAGCAAGUGGAGUCUUUACACUGAUACACAUCUAGCUUUGGAUUGAAAGUGAAGAUAAAGUAGGUAUCACAUAUACUGCCUAGUUGCAUUCAUGUAACUACAUUCUUGUACGAGCUCAAAUAGUUAGAUUGAUAUAGCCGAACCACUUGUUGGUGCAGUAAGGCAGAUGAGGUCAGGAAGUAGGAAGGGUGACAGGAUAGGGCAGUCAGAGUCCAGCAGUGACACAGGCAGGAUUACUCUGUGCAAGAUUGUGAAUAUGGACUGUACAAGGACUUGUACCUUGAUAAUACAUACUGGAAACCACUCUGCAUGUUAUCAACCCUAGGAUUGGCUCUGAAACUUUGGUCAAGCUGACCUAUACGAGUAGUUACCAGGUUACUUAACUAACAGAUAGGUACUACUUAUACAAGUAAAGACGAAUUUGACAGUAAGAGGUAACAGGAAAAAGGGCUAUUCUCAGUUGUCUAAGACAUGUGUUAUAGUGAGGAAAAGGUGUUUAGAAGUGAGGUGGUGCUCCAUAUUGAAAAUUAGAUCUAAAGCCACCAACACUGCAUAGGUUUAAUAAAGAAAAAGUUGAAUGGAGGUGUCAAUACCAGAACAGUCUGACCUGUGUGAGAUUUGUAAUCCCCUCUCAAAGCAUGGAUUGCAAGGCUGUUGCAGGAGUUGCCAUGAAAUUUUGAGUUAAGGGUGUAUGCAUUAAGUGCAUGUAGAGUUGUUUCUUGAUGGCAGACUGUGACUACCCAGAGUUGUGAGACAGGGAAAUGUUCAAUGAUUACCAGUCAUUGGAAUAUUCAGAGCACUUGAUCCAAUACAACUCAAUGGAAAGGAUUAUUGUUUUGUACUGCCUCUUCCUAUUAUAGAAAAAUUCAGUUCUCAUAUACAAAUAGGUAUAGGCACACGAGUAUUUUUCAUAUAAAUUCUAAUGAAUUCUCUCCACUAAAUCAACUAAUUAUCACUAAUGAUCAAAUGUAAUGACAUGCCUUGGCAAACCUGUAGCAGUAUUUAUAUUUAAAUAGUAAAAUAAUAGGCUUAAAGAUUGUCUUGACAUUUUGGGAUCUUUUGACUGUUCCCAUUAGGAAUCAUCAUGGUAAAUUACCCAUCUCAACUAUGUCUCCUUUUACACCCAUCAUCCACAUACUUCUUCUAUGUAUCCAUGAACCUUCCUGAUUUUUAGCUCUUCCACUGGCAUGGUGGUUCCUUCUCAUGCAGUUUCGUGAUCUCUUCACAACAAAGCAUUUAUCUUUAUCAAGCCCUAUCAGAGUACACACCUCCAACUUUAUUCAUAGACACACAAAAAUUCUAGUAUUUUAUUGAAUAAGACAGAAUCAAGAAGGCCAAUACAAAACAAGGCAUAUCCACAUUAGUAAAAUCAAGUAUAAAAAUAAUCCUCACUACAUUUCUAUUGCCAAGUUAGGUAACAGAUAGAACUAAAAAGGACCUGCAUUUGUAUUCCCACUAUGUAAUACUUUAGGCUAGACUAAUGAAAAUGAGUAACAUAUUCUGAUGGCAUUCAUAUUUUUAAGCAUGGCA